AUGAGUUCUAGAGGAGGAAAGGAAAAGAAGCGUCGACAUACUUCGAAGCUAACAGGGGAGGAACAUGUUCGGGAGCUACUUGAAGGACAUGUCAAGAACUGUCGGACAACAUUUCGGAUGGAACCAGAUAUAUUUAGAGCCCUAGCCAAUUACCUUAGGAUUGAAGGAUUGGUUCGUGAUACUAGGAUUAAGGUUGAAGAGAAGCUGGCAUUCUUCUUAUACAUGCUUAGUCACAAUGCUUCAUAUGAGGAUCUUCAAGUAGAAUUUGGGCACAGUAGUGAUACCUUUCAUCGUCACAUAAAACAUUUCUUCAACUUGGUUAUCCCUAGACUCUCCAAUCGAUUUCUGAAGCCUUCUGAUCCUAAUCAAGUGCAUUUGAAAAUUCAAAGAGAUCCUCGAUUUUAUCCCUACUUCAAGAAUUGCAUUGGUGCAAUUGAUGGCACCCAUGUACCCGUAUCCAUAUCAUCUGAAAAGGCUGCUCCAUUUAGAAAUAGGAAAGGGACUCUUAGCCAAAAUGUGAUGAUAGCAUGUGAUUUUGAUCUGAGUGUCACUUUCAUAUCUAGUGGAUGGGAGGGGUCAGCUACAGAUGCUAGAGUUCUUAGCUCCGCAAUGAACAAUGGUUUCAAAGUAGCUCCAGGAAAGUUCUACUUGGUUGAUGGUGGGUAUGCCAAUACCGCUUCUUGCCUUGCACCAUAUCGAAGAGUUAGGUAUCAUCUGAAGGAGUUUGGGAGGGGUCAUCGUAGACCUCAGAACUACAAGGAAUUAUUUAAUCAUCGGCACGCGGUAUUGAGGAAUCAUGUUGAAAGGACUUUAGGGAUCAUAAAGAAGCGAUUCCCCAUCCUCAAAGUUGAAACCUUCCACAAAAUAAACAACCAAGUAAAGAUACCUGUAGCUGCUGCUUUGUUGCAUAAUAUUAUCCGGUCACUCAAUGGAGAUGAACAGUGGUUGGAUGACCAACCAGAUAAUAUUGACCCACAAAAUUUUGUUGAUCUACCGGCUGAUAAUGAAGUCAAUGAUCAAGGCACGAAUCAAGUUAAUAUGUUUGGAAGAGGUUCUCCAAGGUUGACUAUGCUAGUGUCUAAAGCUGCUCAAAAAAAUUCUCCCAGAGGUGGCUCUACAAAAAACCAUGGAGGUUCUCCUAGAGAAAAAUCAAGAGCAUCUUGGAAUCAUGUCCUAGAGAAGACCCUUGUUGAGUUACUUCAUGAGCACAACACCGCUGAUUAUAGGGGUCAAAAUGGAUGGACUACAGAUGCAUGGAAUAAGAUUGUGAAGGAAUUUCAUGAGAGGGAUAAGUAUGUGACAUUCACAAAGUCCCAAAUACAAGAAAAGGAGAAAGAGCUAAAAAGAGAAUAUAGAUUAUUGAAAGAGGCUAGAAAGCAAAGUGGAGUUUCAUGGAACAAUCAGAGGUGCAUGAUCGAGGCUGAACCAGCUAUAUGGAACAAUAUAAUUGCUUCAUUUCCUAAAUCCAAGAAAUUUCGCAACAAAUCUUUUCCUUUGUUUGAGACCUUGGGGGAGCUUUACGAUGGGCAUACUGCUGAAGGAACCUAUAACUUCACAUCCACUCAACCAUCACGGUUCCCUAUUCUUGCACAAGCUGAGAACGAAUAUGAGCUCCUUAACAGCACUGCUACCAUUCCAGAUGUUGAAGACACCUUGGCUUAUGAUGGGCAAGAUGAUACAGAUGCAAGACUGCAACCAAUCAGAGAUGAUGUUGCACGUGUUGAAAGAAAUACACAGAUGCUACAAAGAAGAGUUGUUACUGCGACAAGAAACAAUGAAGAAAAGGAACCAAAAAGGCAAAGGAAAAGUGCUGGUGUGGAAGCUCUUAUGGAAAGGUAUCUUGAUAUGAGAACCAAGCAAGUUGAAGAUGAAGCUACACAGUUAACAAGAGAAAAGGAAGCACAUGCAGCAAGAGAAAAGGAAGUUUGUGAUUUUUCAAUAAAGAGGUGCAUAGCUAUUCUCAACUCAAUGGAAGUAACAAAAGAGGAAAAGGCCAAAGCGUACAGUAUCUUCAAGAAUGCAGAUAAUAGGGAAAUUUUUGUGAGUGCAUGCGAUGAGGAUUUAGAGUCUGUUUUGAUUUGGUUAAGAAAUGAAAUGGCCUAGCAGCGGAUGAUCCAUGAUCAUUAGAGAUCAGAGUGAUUUGAAUGCAUGAUCAUCAGAGAGGGCAGAGGAAGGAUGAACACGUGAUUGAUGUUGCUCUUAGCUAUAUCUUCAUAUUGCCCUUAGCUACAAAAUGGCCAGCAUGGAUUCAUUUAUUAUAUGCUUGAUGUUGUGAAUUCUAAUGAUUGAUGGCACUAAUGAAGCAUUAUUAAAUAUUAUCAGUCAU